AUGAUGAUGGUGGUUGCGGUGGUGACAAUAGUGGAGUGUGACAACGGUGGUGGUGGUUGUUAUGGUGACGAGGGUGAAGUGGUGGCAACAACAAUGAUGAUGGUGGUUGCGAUGGUGACAAUGGUGAAGUGUGACGAUGAUGGUGGUGGUUGUUAUGGUGGUAGUGAUUGUUAUGGUGACGAUGGUAGUGGUGGUGAUGAUGAUGGUUGUGGUGAUGGUGGCGGUGGCAACAAUGUUAAAGGUGGUGGUGACAAGGUUAGUGACAGUGACAAUGGCGAUAACUACAAUAAUAAUGGUGGUGGCAUGGGUGGUGAGGACGAGGGAAUGAGAGAAAACGAUUAUUCUAUCUUGUUGCUUUUUAACCUAACUCCCUAUUAG